CGCUGGUCGGCUUGGGUCAUGCGCAUGGGAACGACGGUGUACAACUUUUUCCUGAUCAUUUUCUCUUCCUGCUGCAAACACAUGAGAAAUGUUUCAGCCGCGUCGGGACCUCUGUACACCACGGGAGCGUUUGUUUUCGGACGACCACGUAUCCGAAUCCACAGGCCUCGCUCCUGCGUUUUGUGCGUGAAACUUUUGUCCGGGACGGACCUAAGGUGUCAACGUGUUUGAUGAGGGCUUCGAAGUCGGCGUAGAUGAUGUAAGAGAGCACACAGUAGCUGACAGAUGCCAAGGUUGCUCUAACCAUGAUGUCCAACUCUACCCCCACCACUGGAACAUGUACUUACAUCGAGGACAAAUGUUAGAUUGAGGAUAUGAAUUGCAUCUACAAUGGAACAUAGUAUCUUCUCACUGGUCUGACAAACGCUAGAUGACUGUCUUUACAUCCUCAGAGAUGCAGGCUCCACACAUCCCCACCACGGACAGUGCCGCAUGUUCACCAGCACCAUUGUGUAAUAUUGAUGCGGAGAAACAUAGUACACAAAAGAAGGAACACAAGUGGCACAAAUGUAUAGUGUGUUUGAAAGAGUUCAAAUGCCACUAUUACCUUAAGGAUCAUAUGUCCAUACACACCGGGGUGCUUACUAAUAGACUGAAGAGAAAACGAGAACUUCGUCACAAAUGUAUAGUAUGUGAGAAAAGGUUCAGUUCGCCAUAUGCGAUGAAACAACAUAUGAAUGUUCACACAGGAAUGUAUAUCUAUGAAUGCCAAAUUUGUGGGGAGAAAUUUUUUCAGCUUAGGAGUUGGCAGUUGCACGGUUUGACCCACUCCACAGACAGGCCAUAUGAAUGCAAGCUCUGUACAAGUGCAUUUAAGAGGUCCAGCAAUUUGACACAUCAUAUGUUAUUUGUACAUAAGAGAAAGCGGAAAAUAAAGUGUAGUGAUUGCAAUAGAUACUACUUUCCAUAUGAAGGGAGCGAUGUGAGACAUGCAAUGAAAUAUCACGUGGGAGAGAACUACCGAAUUGAUGAAAAGCCAUUCAAGUGUAAACUUUGUGAUGCACAAUUUAUAGAAUAUUGGUCUCUCCGCCUCCAUGUCAACACUGUACAUUCAGACAAGAGACCAUAUUCAUGUACCGUUUGUGGCAAAACAUUUAAAUCAAAUGGUACAUUGCAGACUCAUUCUAUCGUUCAUAUGGAAGCUGGGAAAGUCAGUGCUGAAUGUACAAUAUGUCAGAAGAUGGUGAAAAUAAACGCCAUGUACAUUCACAUGAAAUCCCACGAGGAGAAGAAGUUUUUGUGUACUUUUUGUGGGAAAACGUUUAGUUUGAAACACCAACUUAGCAAUCACGAGAAGAGCCACCUAGGACUGAAAGCACAUGCCUGUGAACUGUGUGACAAGAGAUUCACUCUCCCUCAUCAGCUGAGGGCCCACAGAAAGACCCACUCAGAAUCCAAGAAGGAGAAAUGACAAGGCUACCUCUUACUCCAAACUGCACAGAGAACCCUAUUUACAGUUGGCUU